UUUGCGCCCACGUUCUGCAGGUUGGACUUUCAGAUUGAGCGCUCACUGUCUCCGGGUCCGCAGCGCUCGGGAGGGGGUUCUGCUGAGCGGAGUAGAACCUCGGUGUAGAACCCGUUGGGGUCAGCGCGGGACUUCUGCCUCGUGCCUUCUGCCGCGCGCUCUUGAGCCGCGCGGAGUGCAGGACUCCAGGAUCCACCCGGGAUCUGCUGUGGAUCUGGUCAGUCUCCGUGAUGGAUCCACGAGUGCUGACAUGGGUGAUCUGUUUGCUCCUGCGCUGGACUGCAGCUCAGAAGUCCCUGGAAGUGCUAAACUGCUGUGAGGGUGAUGUCCUCUUCCUGGUGGACUCUUCAGGAAGCGUGUCCUCCUAUGAGCACGCCCGCAUGCUGGCUUUCCUCUCCGAGCUCCUCCUCCCCUUUUCACUGGGACAGGAGCAGGUGAGGGUCGGACUCCUGCAGGUGGGCACCAAGCCACGCCUCGAGUUUGGCUUCGACACAUUCAAGCGCCAAAGCGGUCUCCAGGGGGCUCUGAAGAGCAUCAGGCCUCUGAGGGGGGAUACCAACACCGUGGAGGCGCUGAAAAUGGCAAAAGAUGUGUUGCGUAAAAGAGCGGGCCGCGGGGGCGGGUCCGGGCUCCCGAGGGUGCUGGUUUGGAUGACUGACGGGGUUAAACCAGGGGAUGUUGUUGGACCUAUGGCGGAGCUGCGGGAGGAGGGCGUGGCAGUGCUGGUGGUGUCAACGGGGCAUGGAAACUAUCAGGUUUUGAGGCAGGUGGUGAGCCCCCCCACUGACAGCCACUUGCACUUUGUGGACAUCGACGACAUGAGCAUCAUCACGGAUGAGCUGCGGGACGCCCUGAUUGAGAUUCUCCGCGCCGAGCGCAUCCAAGUCCGGGAUAUUUCCACGGAUUCUGCCACUCUGCAGUGGCGCCCGGUUCUGUCUGGUCUGAGUGGAUACUAUGAAAUCCGGGUCGGUCAGGUUCCGUCUGGAGGUGGCAGCGGAGGUGGACCCGGAACUAGUCCGAGUAUUGGUGGUAGUCAGUACCAAAGAGUCACCCAGCCCGCAGGCUCCAACAGUGUGCGUUUGAGGGACCUGAAGCCGGAAACCACGUACGUCGCCACCCUGACCUCGAAGUCCAACGAGCAAGACUUCAACUCGCUCUCUGUCACCUUCACCACAAAGCCAGAGGUGCUGAGCCCAGCUGUGGUGACGGUCUCCGAGUCGGGGCAGACCAGCGUUCGGGUCAGUUGGGGUCCUCUUCAGCCGGACACGGUCACAAGUUACCUGAUCGAAUACUCUGCCCUGCCUGGAGGGAAGCUGCAGACCGUCAGAGUGGACCCCAGGCAGAACUCCACUCUGCUGAGGGGCCUCCAGGCUGACACCACGUACCUGGUGACGGUCAGCGCUCGGCACGCCUCAGGAAAGGAGAAGGCCAUGUCUGUCAAAAUGUGUACUCAAGAAGUUACUCCGGCCCUGGCGGACCUCCAGCUGACCACUGUGGGAAGUGAUUCGGUGCAGGUGGACUGGAAGGCCAGCGCACAGGGCUUGAGGGGUUACUGGCUCACCUGGGAGGGACAGCAGAGCUCUGUACCUGGCCGGCACUCCUCCCUCUAUUUGCCACCUGACUCCCGGUCAACAAGGCUCACGCACCUCCCCCCGUCCUCCAGGGUGUGUGUGUCGCCCAUUUACCAAAGCGCACGUGGAGAUGGACUGUGCUGCACGGCACAGUUUCCGUCAGAGUCGCUGUCGUAUGGUUACCAGUCCUAGCAGAGCAGAAUGGGAGGUGCACCUUUCCAAACAUGGAGGGAGGAGGGGGAGAAAGGAAGAAUGCUGACUUCCAUCCAUGAAUCCGUUGCGUUCCUCUUCCUUCUGUGGACAUUCAGCAGGAGAAGCGGUUUGGCUCCCCGAGCUCUCAUGUGGAAGCCAGAGACUGUGACAGUCUGGCCAAAAGUCGACUGCUACAACCUGCAAAGCAGAAAACGUUACUUUUUUUUUACAUUUCUGUUUUUUUCCUUUAGUAUGCAAGAAAUGCUUAAUGUUAGAAAUGCAAGCUUAAGGGAGUUUCUGGGUCUGUUUUGCAGAAUCGCUGCAGUGCAUCCUGGGAAAGUUAAUGUUUUACAUGGAUUUGUUUUGGAAAAAAAAACUUUGCACCAUGUGCACACCACAUGCGCAACGUCUUUUAACGCACACAGAAACAUCUGAAAUGCAUUUACAGGGCAUUCUGUACAUGCUGAAAUGCUUCGCCUCUUACCACAUCUUUUAAUUCUUAGGGCUUGUGUGCGCCGCGCAGAGCAGCAAACUAAAUCCAGGGCUUAGAAAAUGUUUUUUUUUUCUCUUUGGAACACAGAGGAUCCAACUGUUUUGAAUUGAGAGAGGAUGUCUUCUCAUACAACACAGAUGUGUGUGACUGAUUUGUUGAUUUCUAUUAAAAAAAGUUCUAUUCAUAUUUAUUUAUCUAAAAGUUAUAGGCAGGACAAUUCUAAAUUUGGAGUCUUUACUGAAAUGUUUACUGGAUGUAGAGCCUGACUUUGCUGCCCCCUACUGUAAGAAGGUGUUGUGGCCCACUGCUGACCUUUUGCUUCAUCCUGAGGAUGUUUCUUGACCUCCAUUCAGAACUACCACUAUAUGUGUAUAUGUAUAAGCUGUAAAUAAAUAUUACAGUAUGUAUCAGUGUCAGUAAGUGACUUUUAAAAAAAUGUUAUUACCACAUAGGGGUCAACUUUUUAUUUUUAAAAAUUAAAAAACAGCUGUUUUGCUCAGCUGGGUGUGAAUUAUUUUGAAAUUGAAGAACUUUAAAAAAAGGUUUUCUGCCCUGAAUCAAUAACCCCAGCAUGCAUUCGUUUUCUACGCCCUCUUGGUCCUUUCUGGGGUCACGGGGGUGCUGGAGCCUGUCCUAGCUACUGUCGGGGAGUGUGCGGUUCUUUCUGGAUGUCCAUUGUAGGGCCACAAAGGAUCCAUUUAGAGAAUUGUGGCUUAUAUGCAGUAUAUUAAAUUUUAACACAAUC